UUCAAGUAAAAGAUCUGAAUACAGUACUUCCUCCACCACUGACGGUGCAGAAAGUAAACAGAUGCACAGGUGCAAAGCUCAGCAUCCCUCUCCAUCCCUCCAUCACUCCCUCUCAUCAGCACCACUCUGCAUCCUGCUCCUCUAAUCCAUCCAUCCAUCCAGGAGGAGAGAGAGGACGCCAUCUUGUUUGUUUUAGUCGGAGGAGGGGUGGAGGUGGAACAGCCACCAACCAUCCGCAGCAGAGGCUCCACCACCACCACGGCCGGCUGAACGAGGCAAACACUAACGGGCGAACCGGCCUCCCCCUUUCCCCUUUCCCUUGUGGUGAGAAGGCGCUGAGACGAUGUUUUAUGCCCACUUUGUCCUCAGCAAACGUGGGCCGCUGGCCAAAAUCUGGCUGGCGGCCCACUGGGACAAGAAGCUGACCAAGGCUCAUGUGUUUGAGUGCAAUCUGGAGAGCAGCGUGGAGAGCAUCAUCUCACCCAAGGUGAAAAUGGCUUUACGAACAUCAGGGCAUCUGCUACUGGGGGUGGUGAGGAUCUACCACAGGAAGGCCAAGUACCUGCUGGCAGAUUGUAACGAAGCCUUCAUCAAGAUCAAGAUGGCGUUUAGACCAGGCGUGGUGGAUCUUCCAGAGGAGAACAGAGAAGCAGCCUACAACGCCAUCACGCUGCCCGAGGAGUUCCAUGACUUUGACCAGCCGCUACCAGACCUAGAUGAUAUUGACGUCGCUCAGCAGUUCAACUUGAACCAGAGCAGAGUGGAGGAGAUCACCAUGAGAGAGGAGGUGGGAAACCUCAACCUGCUGCAGGACAAUGACUUCGCUGACUUUGGCAUGGACGACCGGGAGAUGAUGCGGGAGGAGAGUGCGUUCGAGGUGGACAUCAUGGGAGUGUCAGCUUCCAACCUGCUGCUGGAGGCUGAGGGCGUACCUAACCCGAUGGCCGACAAGUCCAACCAUCUGGAGUACGACGACCAGUACAAGGACGACUUCGGAGACAACCCCAUGGAGAGCACUGAGGGAGGCAUGCUGGUGGACAAGCUGCUGAGCAACGAGGAUGGAGACGGCAUCUUCGACGACCCUCCCGCCAUCGCGGAGAGCGUGAUGAUGCCUCAGGACCACGGAGACGACGACGACGACUUUGAUGCUCUAUCAGCGGGAGCCCCAGAUAGUCCAGACUCAGGCCCAACGAAGCCCCUACCGGCCAUGGCAGACCAGGCAGAGCAGACCACCCUGGUUCACAACGAGGAAGAAACCUUCGCCCUGGAGCCGAUCGACAUCACAGUGAAGGAGACCAAGGCGAAGCGUAAGAGGAAGCUGAUUGUGGACAGCGUGAAGGAGCUGGAUAGUAAAACCAUCCGUGCGCAGUUGUCCGAUUACUCUGACAUCGUCACCACCCUGGACCUGGCGCCACCCACCAAGAAGCUGAUGAUGUGGAAGGAGACGGGAGGAGUCGAGAAGCUCUUCUCUCUCCCUGCUCAGCCUCUCUGGAAUGCCAGGCUGCUUAAGAUGUUUACAAGGUGUCUGACACCACUGGUACCAGACGAGCUGAGGAAGAGGAGGAAAGGUGGAGAGGCCGACAGUCUGGAUGAGUUCCUCAAGGAUCUGGAGAACCCGGAGGUGCCCAGAGAGGAAACGGCAGGACCCCAGCAGAGAGACAUCCUGGACCAGACCAUCAUGGAAGAGGCCAGUGUUCUGCAGACUUCAGCUGUGGAAGGCAGCAGGACGACGCUGGACGAGUCGGCCAUGCCCCCUCCGUCCCCCCAACGUGGCCUCAAACGCAAAGCCCAGGACACAGAACCAGCCCUGCCUAUGGGAGCUUUGGACCAGCAACAACAGCCACAGGGGACCAGCGCCUCCAAUGUUCCCCAGCAGCUGGAGGCCUCCAACGUGGAUCUGCCUCCAGAGGAACCCACUAACAUCAGCCAGAUGAUAGAGCUGGACCUGCUUGGCGACAAGGACAAGAAGAAGAACGACGACGACGAAUCUGAUGAGGAGGAGGAGGAGGCGCAGGGAGGAGACCAGGACCAGGAGGAGAGGAGGUGGAACAAGAGAACCCAGCAGAUGCUCCAUGGCCUCCAGAGGGUGAUGGCCAAAACAGGCGCCCAGUCGGUCGGCCUGCUGGAGCUGUGCAGGAACAACAACAAGAAGCAGGCGGCAGCUAAGUUCUACAGUUUCUUGGUCCUGAAGAAGCAGCAGGCGGUGGAGCUCGUCCAGGAGGAGCCUUACAGCGACAUCAUAGCUACGCCCGGACCUCGCUUCCACAUCAUCUAGAAAACACAACUUUACAGUUCAAAAAAAGAAAACUCUUCAGUGUAUACCUGCACACAACACUGUGUGUCUGUUAAGUUUUACUUAUUUAGUUUGUUGACUUUGUUUUGUGUAUGAUGUGGAGUUUUAUCUUCUGUCUGCAUUAUUUCAAAAUCAAGCAGUGGUGGGAGGAAAGAGGUCUGAAUGACAUGGUUGGAUUAUAAAACAGAAAUCCAUAUAAUGAGGUUUGCAACUCCAAACAGUGGGCACUUUUCCUAUUAUUUAUUUUAUAUUAUUUAUUGUAUCUUUUAUUAUCAAGACUCACUUCAUAGCUAAGUUAGUAUUAAGUUACUUUAAAAAAGAGUGAGCACUAUGUGUUCCCUUUUUGUUUGGAGUUGCUUUCUACUUGUUUUUCAAGCAGAUGUCACUGACUUUGAUGAGCACUUCUUUGCUCUAGAAGCCGUUGUGUUGCACUGGCAUAUUUAAAGAUAUAUUUACAGUAGGAAUGAUAACUAUCAACCAUGCUACUUGGACACUCAUCUGUCCCACCACUGCAGGAAAACAGUUCUUAUAUACACUGACAUUAGCCAAAAGGAGCAUGCACUAUAUCCAGACCGAGUCUGCAAGAGUACAUUUAAACAGUUACUACGGUAGUGAUUUGCAGAUUCAACCAGCAGUUAAUCAUUAUACAACUGUAGUGUAGCACUUUAAGCAUCAGAAACUCCAAGUUGUCGUUUUUGCAAAUGCGUUGCUUAGUUGCAACAUGGACUGUUUGCACAAAUCUAUAGUUGUGUCCCAAAUCCAUACUACAUACUAAUCCAAAGCAUUUGUGAGUGUGCUGCUGUUGCACACUAUGUUACGACAGCAUAUUAGGCCCAUUAAAGGUAAAAAAAUAAUUACAGAGCUGCGGGAAGGGGGUAAUAUUCUGAGAAAAAAAGCUCAGAAUUUCUGAGAUUAAAGUCAUAAAUAGGAUAACAAAAUUUGGAUAUCGUCUGAGAUUAAAGUGGCAAAUUUACGAGAAAAAAACACAGAUUUGCAAUAUUAUAGUCAUAAAUUUACGAGA